AUAACAAUCACGCGGGCCAAACUGAGCGCAGCUGUGCCAUUUGGCACUCUGUUUGUUUGAAUAGGUGUAAAACAUAAGCUAAGAUGUACCAUCAGGCGGACCAGCUGUAACUAGUGCCAGGACAGCUUAGCUUUUUUGGCGCGGAGUUCGCGCCAGGGCAUUAUCAUGCCGGCUGAAACAAUGGCAAGCUUCUAGCAUACUUACUGACUAUAUAACGCCUUACCUUUUCGCGAUUAAAGCAUUGAAGACCUGGGGUCCAAAAAUGGAGGACAUCGACGAGACGCAGCCGCCUGAGACUCAAGGCUUAGAUUCCUUGAGCCGUGGCGCAGAACCAGAGUCGCAGGACGUGGUCGAGGGCCAGGCCUUGCCCAUGGCCACCCCAGACUUGGACGACGAGCUGCUCGCUUUGCCGUUGCCCGGCACCCAGGCUACGGACUUUGUCAGCUUCCAUGGCAGCGAGCUGCCUCCGGAGUCCUUCGUGCCGGAGACCGAGGACCAGCUCACCACCGCUGCGGGCGCGUUUACCGGCUCGGAGGAGCAGCAGCACUCAGGCGACGCCUCCGCGUUCGCCGCGCCCAGCGCCGCGCCGCCCGCGCACCGCACGGACACCUCGCUGCUGGAGGACGAGCUCCUAGCCAUCCCCAUAGACGGGACGGAGCCACAGAUGACCGAAGCUUUCACGGAGGCGGCCACGGGCACCGCGGCAGGGCAGGUCGACAGCGGCGCCGAGCUCGCACCCAGCGCCGCCCCGGGCAUGCCAGCCGGCUACACAGACACGGAGGCGAUGGAGGCCGAGCUCCUCGCCAUACCCCUGCCGCCCGAAGAGGACGGCGCCGUCGCGCCCUCCGGCUCGCGGCAGGAGGACGAAGGGCAGCAGCAGCGCAGCGCGGGAGCAGCCGCCGGCGUGUCCAUCGCCGGCAGCGCGCCCACCCCAGGUGUGGCGGCGGUUGCAGCCGCGCCGGCGGCGGUGCAGCGACAACAGCCGCCGCCGCUGCCGCAGCAGCAGUCUGGGUACGCUUCUGCCUCGGCUCCGGAUGCGUAUGAUGACUUUGCAGAUGAUUACGAGGACUACCUCGCCGCACAGCAGCAGCAUCAGCAGCAAGCGCCGGCUGAGGACGUUGUCCCAAAGCAGACGGCGGGUGCGGGCGCGAGCUCACGCAAUGUCGCCAGCGCGCACGCCUCCAACGCGGUGGCGGGGCGGCAGCAGCAGCCGCAGCAGCGCCAGCCACAGCAGCAGCAUGCGAACUACGAUGACGAGCUCGAUGACAUGCUUGCCCAGAUGGAGGAGCAGCAGCAGUACCAGAUGGGGCUGCACGAGCAGGGCAUGGAGGAGCAGGAGCAGCAGCAGCAGCGACGCGGCGGCGGCGGCGGCGCGGGGCCGAGCAAUGUUCGCCCGGGCGGCUCUGGGGCCGGACGUCCCACGAUGGAGGAACUGUUUGGCGAGGAGGAGGACGACUUUGGCGCGGCGGCGGCGGGGGGCAGCGCGGCGGCAGGGGUGCGCUACGCCGCCGCCGCGGCGGAAAAGGCGCGGCGGCAAGCUGAGCAAGAGGAGGCGGAGCGCCGCGCCGCGGAGGAGGAAGCAGCGCGCCGGGCAGCGGAGGAGGAGGCUGCGCGCGCUGCGGCGCUGUUCCCGCCGCAGCGCCUCGCCGCCAACAUCACUGGCGGUACGGCCGUGCCGGUGACCGCCGCGUCCGGCGAGCGCGUGUACUGCAGGCUGUCGGAGGGCGUGAUGCCGGUGGCCACGGUGGCGGCGGCCGCCGCGGGCAAGCCGCUCAGCUUCAGCGCGCGCCUGGCUCGCAGCAGCCUUCUGGAGCGGCCUAUCACCGAGCUGAUGCGGGUGCUGGAGGAGCGCGAGCUGCGGGCGGCGGUGGAGGCGUCGGAGCGGGAGCAGGAGAUCAUGGCGCGUAGCGGGCUCGAGCACACAAACGCGGACGAGCUGACUGCAGAGGAGCGCGCCUUUGCCGGCAUUGGCGGGCAGGAGGAGACGGCGGAGGACGAGCUGCUUGGUGCCAUGCAGGCAGACGCGGGCGGAGCGGCAGCGGGCGUGCCGGGUGCGCGCCGCCGCUCCGGCGCCGCCGCCGGCUCGCGCGCCAGGGCCGGGCAGCUGUGGGUGGACAAGUACGCGCCUCGGCACUUCAUGUCACUGCUCAGUGACGAGCGCACAAACCGCCAGGUGGCCCUGUGGAUGAAGGACUGGGACGAGUGCGUGUUCGGGCGCAAGGCUGGCGCCGGGGCCAACAAGGCACGGGGCGGCGCAGGGACCGGCCCGCUUGGCGCCAAGGCGGACACGCGCCCGCAGAACAAGGUCCUGCUCAUCGGCGGACCGCCGGGCCUGGGCAAGACCACGCUGGCCCAUGUUGUGGCGCGGCACUGCGGCUACCACCCCUACGAGAUCAACGCCUCCGACGACCGCACCGCCGCCACCCUGGCCACCAAGAUCCAGGACGCGGUGCAGAUGACUGCAGUGCUGGGCGGCGGGCGGCCCAACUGCGUGAUCGUAGACGAGAUCGACGGCGCCACCGGCGGCACGGAGGCCAACAGCGCCGUGGCCGCACUCAUGAAGAUCAUCAAGGCCGGCGACGCCGCGCCGGGAGGCAGCGGCAGGGGCGCUGGCAAGGCGGCUCACGCAGGCAGCGACGGCGAGGACAGCGACAGCGACAACGAAGGCGGAGCCGGCGGCAAUAAGCGCGGCGGCGCCGGAGGCGCCGCCGGCGCGAAGCGGCGCGGCGGCAAGUCGGGCGCCGCCUCCAGCCGGCCGCUGAGCCGACCCAUCAUCUGCAUUGCCAACGACUUGUAUGCGCCGCAGCUGCGACCGCUGCGUGACGUGGCGCGCGUGUUCACCUUCACGCCGCCCUCCAGCGAGCGGCUGGCGGCGCGGCUGCAGCAGAUCUGCAGGGCCGAGGGCAUGGAGGCAGACCCGGCGGCCCUGACGCUGCUGGUGGAGCGCACGGAGCGCGACGUGCGCGCCUGCCUCAACACACUGCAGUUCCUGGCGCGCCGCAAGCAGGCCGGCGCCGGGGGCGGCUGCCGGCGCCGCAUCGAGACCAAGGACAUCGAGGGCCUCAACAUCGCCUCCAAGGACACCACCCAGUCCGCCCGCGACAUGUGGACGGCGCUUCUCACCGCCAGCAACAACAAGGCGGCGGCGCGGCGGCGCGCGGCCGGCGGCGGCGGCAGCCGCGCCGCCGCCGGCGUCAACGGCGGCGCCGGCGCCGGCGGCGUGGGCUCUGGCGAGCUGGGGGAGCUGUGCAACAAGCUGCAGGACUUCGGCGACUACGACCUGGUGCUCAACGGGCUGCACGAGAACGUGCCGCGUGUGCGCUUCAUGGACAUCAACCUCAGCCGCACCGCCCAGGCGGCGGAGGCCAUGGGGCAGGCGGACAUCCUGCUGCGCUCCUGUCGCCGCACUGGGGACUUCUCAGCCCUGCGCUUCGUGCCGCCCUGCCUGGCCACGGUGCGCUCGCUGGUGGCGCAGCCGGAGCAGCCGCGGCAGCUGUCCUGGCCGCGACUGGGCGCCGACGUGGCCCGGCGCGCCUCGGCAGUGACGCAGCUGGUGCGCAGCUGGGUGGGCGGCGGCGGCAGUGACCCGGCCGUGCUGUCGGCACACGGCGCGCGAGUCAUGAUCCUGGAGCUGGCGCCGGCGCUGCGCACCAUCGUGUCCCAGCCGCCGCUGCGCGCCGUGGCGCCCAACAUGAUGAAUGCGGAGGAGCAGGCGACGCUGCGGCGCAUGGCGGGCGUGAUGCUGCACUACGGCCUGCGCUAUUGCUUCGAGUCGCCGCCGCCGCCCGGGCUGCAGCCGCUGCUGCUGCCGGAGACGGUCGUGCCAGUGUCUAACAACGCCAUCAUCCUGGGCCUCACGGCGGACGUGCAGCGGAACAUAGCCCUGAGCGGCGGCGCACCGGGCGGCCCGGCGGCGGCGGCGGCGGCGGGUGGGCAGGCGGGCCCAGGGCAGGGCGGGGCGUACGGCCAGCGGCCCGGGCACCAGCAGUACCAACAGCAGCAGCAACAGCCGUACGGCGGCGGCCGGGGCGGGCCCUACGGCGGCGGCCGCGGCCCCGGCGCCGGCCGUAUGCCGUACAACGGCCCAGCCGGCGGCCGCGGGGGCGGCGGGGGCGGCUACGGCGGGCGGGGGCCCUACCAGGGGCCCUACGGGGCAGCGGCGGGGGCGGGUGCUGGGCCGGGGCCGAUGGCGGCCGCGGCCGCGGCCGCGGCAGCUGCGGUGCGCGCCAUGCCGCUGGUGCCGGCCAUAGACACGCUGCACUGCUUCACGGCAUUCGCGGGCGGCGCGGCGGCGGGCGCUCGGCCGUCGCUGCCCAUGGUGGUUCGGCAGCUCAUCUCGCAGGCGACAGCGACGGAGGCGAUCCGGCGGGCGGAGGCGGCGCGCCUGGCCGCGCUCGGCCCUGCCGCUGUCGCCGAGGCGGCUGCCGCCGCCACCGCGGCAGCCGCCGCCGCCGCGCCGCACGGCGGGCCGCUCAAGCCGUCGGUGGCGCCGCCGCAGCGGCAGAUGGCGGGGCGCAUGCCUGAGGGCAUGAAACAGGGCACGGGGGCGGGGGCCAAGCGGAAGGGCACAUGGAUGGAUGCGUUCAAACAGCAGGCCACCGCCAAGGCCCGCGGCACGGUGGGCGGCGGCGCCGGCGCCGGUGCUGCGGCGCGCAACGUUGCUGCGGCGGCAGGCGCAGUGGGUGCGGAGAACGGCGGGCCGCAGGCGGAGGUGCCGGCAGAUGCAGGGGCGGUGGGGGGAGGUAGUGCAGCAGAUGGCGACCGGCUGCCGUUUCCGGUGCUAUACCGGUACAAUGAGGGCUACACCAAUGCGGUGAAGCGGCCGCUGCUGAUGCGGGAGCUACUUUGAGGAGGCCUGGGCCUCUGGGGCCUGUUGUUAUGCUUUGCGUAUGCGUGUUGAGGGCAUGGUUGAUGGGCUGAGAAGAAUGGCUGUAGUGCUGUUCGGCUAGCCCGCUGCUGGUGUUGCUGCUGUCAAGGAUGAAUGCUGAUUAUGGGCUUAGGGCUGCCCCGCGUACGGAGUGAACAUGGGUGCUGCUUCUACCGCCAACGCAGUGGACGCAGCAAAUGAAAG